AUGGCCCUUCAAGCGUUAGGCAUUGUGGCAAUGGUGUUUCUUGUUCUUUCAUGUGGAGAAUGCGAGGGAAUCAAUGGCGGGUCGUCUUCGUCUUGCAACCCGGCUGAUCUCAAGGGUCUAGUUGGGAUGAAGGCGAGGAUUCAUUCCGAUUACUCGGGGCGAACGGGGAGGUGGGUAGGCCAAGACUGCUGCAAAUGGGAAGGCAUUUCCUGCAACAAUGAAACCGGGAGGGUGGUCGAGAUCAAUCUCCCGGGCUUGUAUACUUCCGGGGGAGCUCCUUUCCAGGCUAGAAUGGAUGGGUUGGUCUCUGAAUCCAUUGCUCUUCUCACCGCUCUUCAAGUGAUUGACAUUGGCGGGCAGGAGGGCCUGACAGGGGAAAUUCCAUCGGUUAUCGGUUUUCACCUCCACGAUCUCAGAAUCCUUAGGCUCUUCGGUAACAGCUUCACUGGUUCAUUACCUGAGAGCAUAGGUAAGCUGACCAAACUCGAAGUACUGGAGCUCUUCGAGAACAAAUUUUCCGGGUUUCUUCCUCCGAGUCUGGGGAGUCUGGCAAGUCUGAGAACUCUGUCUUGUUAUUCUAAUAAGUUUUCUGGGAUUAUACCUGACUCCUUCACAGAACUGAGAAGCCUAGAGAUUCUCCAUCUUCAGAACAAUUUGUUGUCUGGGAAUAUCCCAGCAGCCAUUGGCAACCUGCAAGCAUUGAAAGAGCUUGAUUUAUCAAGCAAUUCUUUGAGUGGGAAAAUCCCGGGGUCGAUCACGAAUCUCACCUCCAUUCAAGUUAUGUAUCUGGAUGAUAACCAUCUUGAAGGAGAUAUACCAUUUCCUUCAACAUCUGGUGAGCUGCCUAAACUCGGGUUUCUGAGACUUGACGAUAAUCGCCUCACCGGGGGAAUUCCUCCAUCCAUUGCCUAUUUGACUUCCCUCCAAAGACUCUCUCUAUCAAACAAUCAGCUCCAAGGUCCUCUCCCUGAAACUAUAGGGGAUAUGCAAUCCCUAACAGAUCUUUAUCUCGAAGAAAACCAACUAUCCGGUCAUAUACCAUCAUCAAUAGCCAAUCUCUCGCAGCUCCAAGUCCUCUCGGUUUCCCAGAACCAGAUUCUCGGUCCAUUGCCUCAAGAAAUGGUUGCACUUAAAAACCUUGACACCCUCAAUCUAUCAUUCAACAAUUUGAAUCUUUCAGUCGUCCCCAAGUGGAUGGUAAAGUUGCCAUCACUGACUCAUCUUUACUUGGGUGGAUGUGGAAUCCGGGGAAAAAUCCCGGAUUAUCUUCAAUCAGUUCACACCAAACUCAUCGAGCUAGAUUUGUCAUCCAACCAUCUCACCGGAAGAAUCCCGCCAUGGCUAGGGAGCUCUGAACAGCUCUACUUGUUAAACCUGUCUGCAAACAAUCUAGUCCAUGAAGUUCCAAGUACUUUCACAGAUCUUGAAACCAUGGGAGUACUGGAUCUUCACUCAAACAAGUUAACAGGGAGUAUAGAGCAAGUUAUUCAGAUGAAAAUCAGAUUUGGGGGUGGAGUAUUGGACUAUAUUGAUCUGUCAGACAACAAGUUCAGUACUGGUGUUGAGCAAUUAGGUAAGGGAGAGCAGCAGAGUAUUACACAUAUUAAUUUAUCAAGAAACAACCUUCAAGGGAGAUUGCCAACCUCCAUUGGAGAACUGAAAUCACUGAAGAAGUUGGAUUUGAGUUAUAAUAAGAUAGGCUAUGACUUGCCGGUAUCAAUGGCAAACAUAAGCACCUUGGAGACUCUGAAGCUCCAGGAAAAUCAGUUUCACGGCACCAUCCCAGAAGAAUUUUUGCAGCUUAGAAACCUGAAAGAGCUGAACAUGUCUCAUAAUCAUCUUGAAGGGAAAAUCCCUUCUGGAAAACCAUUUAGUGAUUUUCCCAGCAGUGCUUUCUCGGGAAACAAAGACUUAUGUGGGUUUCCUCUUCCCCCCUGUAGCCUUUCAUAGUUGGCUUUUUUCGCUAUUCAACAUCCUUCAAAUAGCCAUAUUAGGAAAACAUAACUGAUGAUGUUUCAAGUUUAAGUAUCCAACUUGUUGGUGUACAAGACAGUAUUUACAAAAAUUAUAUAUAAU